GAAACUCCAAUGGCUUCCCCUUCUACCAAUCUUCACUUCAUUUUGUUUCCUCUAAUGACUCAAGGCCAUAUGAUACCGAUGGUCGACAUCGCCCGAUUACUAGCGGAACGCGGUGCCACCGUUACCAUCAUCACGACCCCGGUUAACGCUAACCGCUUUAGAUCGGUCAUUGAUCGUGCAAUCGAAUCUAACCUCAACAUCCAAGUUCUCGAACUCCAACUCCAAUUAGCCAGAGUCGGUUUGCCGGAAGGAUGCGAGAGUUUCGACUUGCUUCCAUUGGCUGCACUUAAGCUCAAUCUAUUUGACGCGAUCGAUAUGUUAGAAGAACCGGCCGAGAACGUGAUCCGGGGACUAACUCCGCCUCCGAGUUGCAUAAUCUCUGAUAACGGUUUACCAUGGACUACAGAUGUGGCUAAGAGGUUGAAUAUUCCUCGGCUUGUUUUCUACGGACCGGGAUGCUUUGCAUUCCUAUGCAUACACAUAGUCACGAAUACUAAUAUACUCGAUGAAGUUGAAUCCGACUCGGACUACUUUGUGUUGCCCGGUUUACCUGACCGGAUUGAAGUUACCAAAGCCCAAGCCUCGGGUUGGGGAAAAGGAGACUCGAAAAGAAGCAAGGAGAGGUUCGAACGUAUGCAAGAAGCGGGUAAAGCGUCAUACGGGAUUGUCGUUAACAGUUUCGACGAGUUGGAGCCUAAGUAUGUUGAAGAAUUCGCGAAGGCGAAAGGUAAGAAAGUGUGGUGUAUCGGCCCGGUUUCACUAUGCAACAAAAAUUUCCUAGAUAUGGCCGAGAGGGGCAAAAAGGCUGCGAUCAACGAGCAUGACUGCUUGAAAUGGCUGGAUUCGAGGGAGUCGGGUUCCGUGGUCUAUGUUUGCUUGGGAAGUUUGUCGAAUUCUUGCACCGAACAAGCCAUUGAGCUUGCGUUGGGUUUGGAGUUAUCGAAUGUACCUUUUAUAUGGUUCACGAGGCACAAAGACGACGAAUUUGAGAGGUGGAUCUCGAAAGAACGAUAUGAAGAACGAAUAAAAGAUAGAGGCCUAAUGGUUCACGGUUGGGCACCACAAAUCUUGGUGUUGUCACACCAAGCCAUUGGUGGUUUCGUGACACAUUGUGGGUGGAACUCGACUCUAGAAGGGAUUUCGGCUGGAAUCCCGAUGGUUACAUGGCCACAUUUCGCGGACCAGUUUCUAAACGAAAGAUUUAUCGUAGACGUGUUGAAAAUUGGAGUGAGAAUUGGCGUAGAGGUUCCUGUUCCUUUCGGAGAGCACGAUAAGUUUGAAAUGACGGUAAAGAUGGAAGACGUAAAGAAAGCGGUGGAAAGUUUAAUGAACGAUGGCGAAGAAAGUAAGACGAGGAGAACGAGGGCCAAGGAGCUCGGGAAAAUGGCAAAGAGAGCGAUGGAGGACGGAGGUUCAUCUCACGCUAACAUGACAUCGAUGAUUCAAGCUAUUACCGGAAAACUAGCCGAGAACGCUAAAGAAAUUUACUUUUAAUCGUGUUUUAUAACCGCUUCUAAAUUUCAAAAUAAACGAAGUCAAUGGUUGAGAUUAGGUUUGUAGGGUUUGUAAG